AAUCAAAAUCAUUUUUCCAAUCAAAAUCAUUUCAAUCUUGGUCUCCCCGUCAAGAAGCUGCAGCAAGCUUUCUGGAAUUCCUCCCGCAGAUUUGAUUUCUCUGUUGCGGGUGACACUAGGGAAGUAAUGGAGCUUGCCAUGGAGUCAGACAAAGGUCAACUGACAAAAGAUAGUAAAAAAGAGAUUGAGCACAAAAUAGGACAGAUCCUGAAGCUUAUAAGGAACAACGGUCCGGAUAAGAAAGGAAAGCUCCCGCCUCCAGACGACUCAAAGAAGAAAUCAGAACUCGUCACGUUAGUUGAGGAUGUACACAAGCAAUACCAAUCACUCUACUCAAAGUACGCCAAUCUUCGAGGUGUCACCGCGAAGAAGGCUCGUGUAAGAAAGAAAAGGGCAGGCUCUGGAUCUACAUCAGCUUCAGAUUCCGAGUAUUACUCUCCUGUGGAGGCACCGAGGGAAAGGAGAGCAACGAAAGCCACGAAUAUGAGCAGAACUGGAGAACAGAGCGAUGAUCAGGAACAUUUGGAUGACAGCGAGAGCGCGGAACAACAUACCGAGGAACCCCCGAAUUUAGUAAAAGUUCAAGACAAUCAUGACGGGGAGGGAGGAGGUGCUCAAGUGAAGGAGUUGGAGGGACAAUUGAUUGCAAAUAAGUUCGAGAUGGAGACAUUAAGGAAAGGGAAACGAGAGAUGGAAAGGUUGCUUGCAGAGAAAGCAAGUGAGGUUGAAAAGAGGAAUCAAGAAUUGCAAGCACGUGUCGUAGAGCUUGAAUCACAACAAUACCCCACCACAAAAAUAGAUGACGAGGAAGCUCCUUUGACAUUGCAACAUAUGAAGGAUAGUGAAGAAACAUUUUCUUUUAGGAUUGGGGUAUUGACAUCAGAGGUGAGUAGCUUACAGAUGGAGUUGGCAUCACUACAUAACAUAAAGAAAGAUCUUGAGGCAAAACUAGAGGAGAAAGCUAUUGAAGUAGCACAAUUUGGGGAAAAGAACACAAAACUCAAUACUCGUGUUUCAGAGCUUGAAGAAAUUUUGGAAAAGAAAGCGGAUGAAUCACGUCAAAUGCAUGAAAUGCAAAACCAUUUGAAUGUAAUACAGCAGGAAUUGGAUCUAGCUGGCCAUCAAAAGGUUGAGUUGGAACUUCAACUGGAUGCAAAGUCCAAAGAACUUACUGAUAGUUCGAUUCAAAUGCAGACGUUAAGAGAUGAAUUAACAGCAAAGUCUACGGUUGAGGAGGAGCUACGGAAGAUGGACUAUCUAAGCAAGAAACAAGGGUUAGAGCUACAAGCAUUACGAAAUGAGAAAAGCAAGUUGGAAGAGGAUAUGAGAAAACAAACACAAGAAUCAACACAAUUAAGGGAGUCUAAUGAUAAGAUGAAUGCUACAAUUCAUGAACUAGAACAAGUGAUAUCAACUAAAGAAGGCGAUAUUGGGGUGCUUCAAAAUAAAAUCAAUGACAUGGACAAUGAGGCUUCAAUGGAGAUUGCAAAUUUGAAGGAACAAAUAACUAGCGUGCAGCAAGAGCUAGAAACUUCAUUAUCGGAAAAAUCUCAUUUGGAGGUUCAGAAAGAAAGAAUCCUAAAAGAACGCGAGGAUGUACUCAAGAAGAUCAACGAAGAGCCUACACUUAAACCAAUUAGACAUCUUUCUAUGGAGUCUCCCAAGGUGAAGCCAGUUGAGUCCGCUAAGUUGAUUACCCAAACAAUAGAGAGGAAGGUUGAAGAACUAGCAGAGCAAUACCAAAUGAGCAUGGAGAACCAUAUUCGUUUACUACGUCAGAGAGUCAAAGUUGCAGAACAAAUCCACAACGAAACAAAGGAUAGUUACAAGCAAAUAAAAGAAGAGCUUCAGAAUGAAAACAAAGAGCUUCAAGAUAAAGUAGUGGCAUUUCAAGACGCAUUGAGAAAAAUGAAAGGGACAUUAAUUGAACCCGGGGGAAGCUUGCUAACAGGAUUGGAUGUGCUGAUUAGGAAGUUAGAUGAGAGCAAACAUCCAUUAAACAAGAUGUCCAGGAUAUCAGAUGAACUUCAACUCGCUCGAAAUUGGAUGGCUGGAAAGAAAGGGGAGAUCAAACAGUUGAAAGAUAAUAUGGACGAUUUGACACUACAACUGAGUGACAAAGAAGGAAAAGUGCUAGAACUAGAAGCAAGGCUGACCAUGGCGAUGACAUUAGCAAGUGAAGAAGAGAAGGAGAUCGAUGCAUUGGAGAGUAAAGUGAGAGCAUUGGAGCAAGAGUUGAGAGAGAAAGAAGAGGCCAUAACGAACUUCGCAGAAGAGAAGAAGGAAGCCAUAAGACAACUUUGUAUGCUGACAGAUUACCAUCGAAAUCGAUAUACUCAGCUUAAGCGAUCCAUAUCCACAACAAGUCCAAAACCAACAAUUACACCCAAGUAG